AUGUAUAACAACGGUGAUGAACAAGGCGUGAAUAACGACGGUGAUGAACAAGGCGUGUAUAACGGUGAUGAUGAACAAGGCAUGUAUAACGACAGUGAUGAACAAGGCGUGAAUAACAACGGUGAUGAACAAGGCGUGAAUAACGACGGUGAUGAACAAGGCGUGAAUAACAACGGUGAUGAACAAGGCGUGAAUAACAACGGUGAUGAACAAGGCGUGAAUAACGACGGUGAUGAACAAGGCGUGAAUAACAACGGUGAUGAACAAGGCGUGAUUAACGACGGUGAUGAACAAGGCAUGUAUAACAACGGUGAUGAACAAGGCGUGAAUAACGACGGUGAUGAACAAGGCGUGAUUAACGACGGUGAUGAACUAGGCAUGUAUAACAACGGUGAUGAACAAGGCGUGAAUAACGACGGUGAUGAAGCAACGUAUAACGCAUCGUUUAGCGGUAAAGUGGAGCCACAGACCUCUUAUCUUCAUGGCGACGUUGAGCGUCGUUUAUUUCAAUGA